GGCUCUGGGGCGGGGCUCUGGGGAGGGCGCGGACGGACCCACGGACCCUGUCGGGAUGGGGAGUGUGGCUGCUCCGCCAGGGUCCUGUGGGUGGGAGAGAGGCUCCGCGACCGCUGGUGGCCGGAGUCCCUCCGUGUUGUGCUAGAGAUGCUUUUCCUCUCGUUUCAUGCAGGCUCUUGGGAAAGCUGGUGCUGCUGCUGCCUGAUUCCAGCCGACAGAUCUUGGGACCGGGACCGGGGCCGGCGCUGGCGGCUGGAGAUGGCGGACACGAGAUCCGUGCACGAAACCAGGUUUGAGGCGGCGGUGAAGGUGAUCCAGAGUUUGCCGAAAAAUGGUUCAUUUCAGCCAACAAAUGAAAUGAUGCUCAAAUUCUAUAGCUUCUAUAAGCAGGCAACUGAAGGACCCUGUAAACUGUCGAGGCCUGGAUUCUGGGAUCCUAUUGGAAGAUAUAAAUGGGAUGCUUGGAGUUCACUGGGUGAUAUGACCAAAGAGGAAGCCAUGAUUGCGUAUGUUGAAGAAAUGAAAAAGAUUCUUGAAACUAUGCCGAUGACUGAGAAAGUUGAAGAGUUGCUACAUGUCAUAGGCCCAUUUUAUGAAAUUGUAGAAGACAAAAAGAGUAGCAAAAGUUCUGACUUAACCUCAGUCCGACUGGAGAAAAUCUCUAAAUACUUAGAAGAUCUUGGUAACGUUCUGACUUCUACUCCAAAUGCCAAAACUGUUAAUGGUAAAGCCGAAAGCAGUGAUAGUGGAGCUGAGUCUGAGGAAGAAGAGGCCCAAGAAGAAGUGAAAGGAGCGGAACAGAGUGCUAAUGAUAAGAAAAUGAUGAAGAAAUCUGCAGAUCAUAAGAAUUUGGAAAUCAUUGUUACUAAUGGCUAUGAUAAAGACACCUCCACUCAAGAUAUACAGAAUGACAUUCAUGCCAGUGCUUCCUUGACUGGGAAAAAUGCUGAAGAAAUAAAGGCUGUAGAUGAAAAUUUGGAGCAAACUGGAAAAACUGCUGUCUGCAUUCACCAAGAGAUAAAUGAUGAUCAUGUUGAAGAUAUUUCAGGAAUUCAGCAUUUGACAAGUGAUUCAGACAGUGAGGUCUACUGUGAUUCCAUGGAACAGUUUGGACAAGAAGAGUCUUUAGACAGCUUUACGUCAAACAGCAGACCAUUUCGUUAUUACUUGAGUGGUGAUCCCAAUCAGCCCUUGGAAAGUCCUGGUUUUCCUGAAGAUGUUCAAGGAUCUCCGGGAAAUGGCAACAUUGGGGAUAUGCACGUGGUAGCAGUUGAAGGAAAAGGUGAAGUAAAGCAUGGAGGAGAAGAUGGCCGAAGUAACAGUGGAGCACCACACCGUGAGAGACGGGGUGGAGAAAAUGAGGAAUUCUCUAAUGUCAGAAGAGGGAGAGGGUAUAGAAUGCAACACUUGAGUGAAGGAUACAAGGGUCGGCAAGUGGGAAGUGGAGGUGAUGGGGAACGCUGGGGCUCAGACAGAGGGUCAAGAGGCAGCCUCAACGAACAGAUUGCUCUCGUCCUCAUGCGCCUGCAGGAGGAUAUGCAGAACGUCCUUCAGAGACUUCAUAAACUGGAAACGCUAACUGCUUCGCAGGCAAAAUCAUCAACAUUACAGACCAGUCAUCAGCCUCCCUCACAGAGACCAUCUUGGUGGCCCUUCGAGAUGUCUCCUGGUGCAUUAACUUUUGCUAUCGUAUGGCCUUUUAUUGCCCAGUGGUUGGUGCAUUUGUAUUAUCAAAGAAGGAGAAGAAAACUGAACUGAAGAAAAUGGUAUUUUACUCCAGAAGAUUACUGGGCCUGGAUGACCUCAGAAUGAAAUGGAAUGUGGAGCCCACAAGAGUAUCUUAACUGUUUGUGAUGAUUACACUUCUUUUUGUCGUCCAGUAGUUUGGUUUGUGUACAUAUAUACAUAUAUAUAUUUUGCACUACACAAAUAUAACAUUUUAAGGACUAAUAUUGCUGAUACUUGAAUAACUAAUCUCAACUAGGCUACAAGUAGCAUACAUAGACUUACCCUACCCUUAAACUUGAAGGACAUUAAAUUAUUAAUGAUUGUUUGGUAACACGUUUACCUGAUUAUCUCCCAUAGAGAACUAUAAGCUGCUUUUCCAAGGUACAGUUGUGAUAAUGAGAUCAGAUUUAUAACUGGAUAUUUUUAAUUUUCUAAAUUAAAUAUGAGAAAGAAUGCAAACCAGGAGUGAACUUCAAAUGCGUUAAAUCAACUUUCUAUCCUAGUCACUGAAUUGCCAUGCCAAGGAGCAGAAAACUGCUGGAAGAAUCUUCUCUACGUCCACUUUGUGAGCUGCCCGUAAUUUCUCUUGGGCAUUCACAGCGCUGACUUGAGUAUUCAAGCCUCAUUACUACAAAGUAGAGCCCUGUGUACCAGGCUUACUUUUUACAGAUGAACACAGAAUAGACAUAACCUGCUGAUGGGAAUGAUGAAUGGGCUUCAAGUAGGUCUGAAAGUAUACUCUGAGCCUGUAGAUCAUUGAUAAGAUUUUAUUCAACCGUAUACAUUUAUUUCUUUGUAAUCAUUUUUCUUUAACUGAGGAUAUCUUGUUUCUGCUUCAUAGGGUGCUUUGAAAUAUAAGAUGAAAACUUAUUUAUACUGUUUUUACAAAGGUCAAAAAAGGAAACACAUGAAAAUCACUUUUCUGUAACUGGUAAACUACACAGACUGGACUCUUAACCUCCUAGUGCCUCCGUUUUUCCUUUGGGGUAUAAUCUUUGAGAUACACCUAUUUCACAGGGGUCAUGGAAGGAUUUGCAAGCUAGCGGGCCAUAUGCUUCCAUAUGAAUAAGGCACAUCCAACUAAUGUAAACUUAAAUGUCCUUCCCCCAGCUCCCAUUUAGAACUAAAAAAAAAAGACUGCAAUUUAGAUCCUUGAAGGCUUUGUUUGGAAUUAUUCUUCUUGUAUGUCUUCCAGAGCUUCACUCAUUUAGAUGUCCCUUGUACUUUAAAGAUUUCUUUCAUUCGAAGGCGUAGUAGCAAAUAAUUUUUAAGCAUUCUUGGUAUGUGUGAUGUUGGGUUAAGCAUCAUGUGUUCAGAGUGUUUUCAAUAAGAAAGAAACCCAUCCCUCGCAUAGAGGAUGGUUCUGUGUUUGCCUGAAGAAAAAAAGUGUGAGAAUACAAUUUGCUUUCCUCAAGAAUCUUUUUUCCUUAUUUUUUUCUUUCAUGUAACUUGGUGUUUUUUAUUUUUUAAUCACAUCUUGAUUAAAAUGUGUCUAUCUAAUAUUUGCUUUUUAAAAACUGUCCUCUAUUUAUUUAGGGGGAAAAUGAAGCAAGUAACUGAAUUAUAUGUAAAAAUAAGGUUCAGACCUGUGGAUCAGGGAUUAUUUUCAAAAAUUAGAUAUCAAUUUGGUAUCAGAAAAUGGUGGCUUUUCUCUUAGUAAAUAAAUAAAUUAAAUGCAAAUUAAGAAUGAAGCAAUUGUGAUUUAUUACAGGCAAUGGGAAGUAACUAACUCCUAGGGAUAAUCAUUUGUAUCCUAUUCCAAAGUCUUAUUUUAUAGUUUGAAAAGCACUUUGCACACAGUUCUUGUAUAUACAAGUAAAGAUGUAAUUAUAGGAUAUAGUGUUACUGCUUUGUUUAACAAGAAACUCAUUUAAAAUUUUAAAUGGACAGCUGGUAUUUUUUUAAUGAUCUACUUCUUUUCUGUUUCUUUAUUGUAAAACUAAGUUAAAAAUAAAAGGUUAAUGAGAAA